AUGCCAAAAAGUCGUAUUGGUCGCAUCGUCCGCUCGCCUUUCAUGAAGUUCCUGUACUACUCAAUAUCAUUCGGCUGUUUCCUUCUGUUGUUGACGUUGGCAACAUUUGAGAGCUAUCGUAGCGAAAAAGGAGAACGAAAAGGUGGUGGGACGACUCGUGCAUCCGAUCGUGGCCCUCCUCCAACGUUCAUUGAGGUUCUCGUUGUAGCAUGGGUGCUUGGAAUGUUAUGGUCAGAGAUAAAGCAGCUCUGGGAAGAAGGUUUCACCAAAUAUGUUCAUCAAUGGUGGAAUUGGUUGGAUUUUAUCAUGAUCUGCUUGUAUCUGUGUACGAUAUCUGUAAGGUGAGA